GCUCCUUUCAUAAUUUCUUAAUCGUUAUUUUGCGUGUGCAUUGAUAUCGGAAAUUUCAAUGGAGUUUUGCGAUUCAAAUGAGGUGGUGAGGAAGAGGAGAAAUUGCAAGUCUCGUUGCCGACUGUCGUUACGUCUUGCGUCCUGUAAUCUGACCUCGGAGAGUCAGCUCCUGGUUGUUAUCGUGGCCAGGCACUCAACGGUGCCGCACGGAAGUACGAUUCGAUCGGAAACACGACGUUAAUUAAUGAUCGCAGGUUAACCGACGGUGACCGUCGAAUGCUACGAGCGACACUUUCGAUACACACCGCGCGUGCAACCGUCCGAACAAUUUGGUAACUCGAUAAUUUAAUAAUUUCGCGAGCAUCCGGGACGUUUCGAAAAUGUCGACCAUUGCGAUUUCUCGGCAUGAGCGAGCGAAUGUGUGUGCGUGAUUGAUUGGUCGGCGACGGCGGCUCGCGAUUGGCUAUUAUCGGCUCUAACCUCUUAUCUCAAUAAUAGCCGACAAUAGCGAGUGUCGUGAGUCGAAACGCGUCGACUUGUCCAUUACGAAGCAUCAACCUGAGCGGAUCAAGCAGCGGCUCGAUCGUUACCAAGCUGGGAGUCGACGAACUACCGCGACGCGAUGCGAAAUAAAGCCGUGUUCCGAAUUCCCGUCGAGUAACUAAAACAUUUCGUCGAUUGCCAAAGUGGAAGAAUCACGUUAGUUAAUACACGUCUCUCCGAUCAAAUCGUAUCAAUGCCGUCGACUGCCCGGAAUUAUGAAGCGAGCAGAAGCAAGGAACCACCACGGAGGAUGUAGGACGAUGGAUGCGGGCAGCGAUACAUCAUACAUCUCCAGAUACCUGCUCUACAAAGGUUGUUGCGACUACACGACAGAAGCAGCUCCGCAGGAUGCAAGCUUGGCGGAGACAGAUCCGGGGAUGCAGGUCUGGAGGAUGCGGGUCUGCAGGACGCGGAUGCAGCACCGGAGGAUCCGGUUCGGGCCGAGCAGGAUUCGGCUCGAAGAUCUGAGUAGCAGAAUGUGGCCGCCCCUGAGUUCCGGUUGUACUCGAUCUUACAAGGUCACCCGACCGGCGGGCGAGCGGACGCUGCACCGGAGGAUCCGGUUCGGGCUAAGCGGGGUCGACUCGAGGGACGCGAGCGACCUUGACUUCUAGCAACAUUUUGAGCAGGAGAGCCGGCGCUAUCUUGAAGCGCGGGAGGAGCUCAUAACGCUACAAUAUUAGCUUUCGUUGCACCUGUGGACGUGCAUCUACUCCUCUGAACUCGUGAAGAGCGAAAAAUUGCGCUGGCGAGUAUAAUAUUGUCGAUGAAACACUCUUCACGAGUUCUCGUGGGCGGACGAUAGAUGCACGAUAGGUAUCUUGGAUCAGAUACCAGAAAAUUCUCUCCUCCCGUCUCUAUACUUCUUUUCUUACGAUAACCCAUUGCGUCGUUCAUUGUGAUGGAUCAGAGGUGGCUUCGCAAAGCAGCCGCGCAAGAGGAGCCUCAGAAGGCAGCGGACACACAGAUUGAAACGCUAAACGUGGAAUUUAGCCUGGCCCUCGGUCGCUUAUCGACCUCCGUCAGCGUCCCUUUUUUUCACUCGACCCACAAUGAGAUACUGCGGGCCUUUUUACGCGAGACGCGCGAUAUCGAAUGCCUAUACAUAAAUAACGGUGCGGACCGUGAAAUACGAGUGCGUGUCGUUCGAGGACGCGCGCACAAAAACCAUCCCAGCCUCGUCAGCUCCUCCGCGUAUUAUCGUCUGGCUUAUUACAGCUGGUAUCACGCGCUGCCGCUUAAUUUAAGCAAAUCGACUCCGUUCGAAUCUGAUAUCUCGCCGACGACGCUCGUCGGCCAGACGAUAAAUGUCAGCCGCGGAAUAAGAAUCUUAUUUAUCCGCGCUUACGUAUCCGCAAUGACCGAUUUGUAGCGUCAACUGCGUUCGGCUUCCCCGGCUUUUUACGUUCGACAAAUUCGGCUCGAUGAAUAUGCGAUAAAACGAGCGAGGAGAGACAAACUUGGCUCAGGCGAAGAGAAGGACAACUCGAAAUCAGAAGAUUGUUCGAAAUCGCGCUAGAAUUGACCUCGGGCGCUUAAAGUCUUUUUCUCUCCCUCUUGCAAUUAGCAAUCAGCAACUUGCGACAGAACAAUCUACCCGAAUUCUGAGUCUCCGUUGGAGAUUUGGAGUUUGCGUUUGCCGCGUUAAUGCGGACCGCGAACACGUAAUGCUCGCACGGUCGAUCUGUCCUUCUUCAAGUUAUCGCGGCUGGCAACCGCGCCGCCACGAAUACGCCGGCACGAAGUAGUUCCCUUCGGCUGUCCAACGCGGGAAAAUCUCUCGAAGUACGACGCGACAGAUCGCGAGCUUCGGCGUAGGGCCUCGUUCAAACUCGCGGAACAUUGUCCGACACACUUGUCGUCCUCGGAUGGCAUAAUUAUCACGAAAUUUGCGACAUUAUGGAACACUCGGGACGGGCGCGGUCCCCAUGUGCUGCCGCGCAGUGCCGUAUGAAGACGUGGCGCACUGGCGGGACUCGCUUCUACGCGCGAAAGGCGACUUCGGGAUGUCUCUCUCUCUCUCUCUCUCUCUCUCUCUCUCUCUCUCUCUCUCUCUCUCUCUCUCUCGCGAGAUUUUUUUCUCAAUCCAGACAUCACGGAAUCGAAGAGCGAUAAAGCAGUGCGCUCUGACGCUUAUGUCACUAAUAGAGAUAUAAUUAACGUACAUUAUUAAUAAUAAAUAAUAGAUUACUUAUAAAUCGAUAAUUAACGUAAAUCGAUGAAUGCAUCUUCGAUAUGUCACACGAACGUGUAAUUAGCUCUCUUUCUUCUCUUCAUUCCGUGAUUUCAUUUCGUCGAGACACUUCAAACUUCGCGUCCGCCGACGAGACGCAACGACAAGCGCAUCCUCCAAGCGCGAACUUGAAGAGAACAAUUAACGAUUCUCGAUCGCAGCGGCUUUUUUGAAUGAAUACGCUGAUAUCUGAUGACGUACGACGUUCGAACCGACGUUGAUGGAUUUUUUCCGUUUCCGUCGGCGAGAAUUCGCGAGUUACCGCUCGAUCGUCGCGAGCAGCCCUUGGUGGCCGUCACGUAACGGCGACACGGUGCUAUCGACCGUUCUUUCCUGCACGAUACACCACGAAUUGCACAACAUUAUGUGUCAAGGGCUGCGUGCGAGCCACGUCGCGAUGCACGUGGCGGAAAAGUGACAGCUAAUUCAUCGUCUCUCGGGGCGAUGCAUCACGCUCUCACGCAACGCGACGGUAAAGCGUCGUCUACAAUGGCAGUAAGCGGUAAAAAGUAAGCGUGAAUAGUAAGAAAUAGAUCAACCACAGUUGAUUAUUUUUGUCAUAAUCGACUGUGAUUGGUUUAUUUCUUACCGCUUACGUUUAUUUCUAUAAGCAAGUGGAUGACGUCCACGGUGCUGCUGCUGCUGCUGCUGCUGCUGCUGCUGCUGCUGCUGCUGACCCAGAAUCGCGAAGUUGCUCGGGUAUCAAUAGGAGAGAAUUCCGGGAAAUUUAUCCUCGAGGACGCGCCGCUCUGACACCCACACAGUGAGAUUUCUUCCACUUCGGAAGAUCCCUAAUCGACUACGGAGGAAACGGAAAUCCCGGUGACGGGCGCACGAGAGGACCUUUCGGUUGUCAUUCCGACUCUUCUCACGGGAAGAAUCCUGAAAAUAACGAAGAUCUGGGGGGGGGGAGAGAAAAUUCCGAAAAGCAAGAAUAAUUUUUUCAGAAUUUUCCGACUGACGAGGGGCGAACGUCCGAGACGUUUAAAUAAUUUUGAGAGAUUAGAUAAAAAGUCUUUGU